GGGGGGCAAAGCUAUCCUUGCUGCUGCUGAGGGUUAGGGGUCUGCCUCUUACACCUCCCCUAGGACCUCUGCUCUGUCUCCUGCUGCUGCUGCUACUACUGUUGCCAUGCAGUGAGCCUGUCUCUCUCUGUUUCUGUCUCUAUCUCUCUACCUCUGUCUCUCUAUCUCCCCCACUGUCUCUCUGAUUCUAUUUUCCCACACCUCUCUCUCUGUCUCUGUCUCUCUCUUUCUAAUUCUGUCUCUCUCCAUGUAUCUUUUCUCCAUGUAUCUCUUUGUCAGUCUGUCUUUCUCUCUAUAUCUCUGCCUCUCUGUCUUUGUGUCUCUCUGUCUCUCUCUUUAUCUCUCUACCUCUGUCUCUCUAUCUCUCUGCUAUCUCUCUGUUUCUAAUUCUAUUUUUCCAUACCUCUCUCUGUCUCUAUCCCUCUGUAUCUUGGUCUCUCCCUCUAACUCUCUUUUUCUCACUCCUCCCCAUCUCUCUUCGUCUCUCUUUCUGUCUCAGAUUCUGUCUGUCUUCCUGUCUCUCUCUGUCUAUAUCUAUUAGUCUCUGUAUCUUUAUUUCUGUCUCUCUGUCUUUGUGUCUUUCUCUGUCUCUGUCUUUCUUGCUCUAUGUUUCUCUCCACAUUUCUUCCUUUCCUGUUUCCCUCUCUGACACCAUCUCCGUCUGUUUCUCUCUGUAUCUAUCUCUCUGCCUCUGCCUUUAUCUGCAUCUGUCCCUCUCCCCUCUGUCUCUCUGUCUCUCUCCAUGCCCUACCACCUGCCUUCUUUCUUCUCCAAUCCCAGGCUUAUCUUGUGGCCAUUAUCACCCAUUUCGGAAAAUCAUUGGUGGAGAGAUUGCCACAGCAAAGAAGUGGCCCUGGCAGGUGAGCCUUCAAGUAAACAGAGUACACAUGUGUGGAGGAUCCCUCAUAAAUAAGGAGUGGGUAAUCACAGCAGCUCACUGUGUCACUUGUCAUAUCUUGUGGCCAUUACCACCCAUUUCGGAAAAUCAUUGGUGGAGAGAUUGCCACAGCACAGAGGUGGCCCUGGCAAGCAAGCCUUCAAGUAAACAGAGUACACAUGUGUGGAGGAUCCCUCAUAAAUAAGGAGUGGGUAAUCACAGCAGCUCACUGUGUCACUUGGAAUUAUGAUUACACUGUGAAGCUUGGAGAUAUUUCCUAUUUUGCCACUAACUUGAGUACCGUCGUCUCUGUCAAGGACAUCCUCAUCUAUCCCCGUUAUGCAGAAUUAAUUUUCUACAGGAAUGACCUUGCCCUUGUACAACUAGCAUCUCCUGUGACCUACAACCAGAUGAUUCAACCUGUCUGCCUCCCUAAUGACAAUUUAAACUUGAAGAAUGGGACUCGAUGCUGGGUGACAGGAUGGGGCAAGACUAGUACAGAUGAGAAUAUUAUAAGACCAUAUGAGCUCCAUGAAGCCGAUCAAUUCAUCAUUGAAAAUGAACAAUGCAACAAACUAUUGAGAAAGCACUUGUUCAUCCCAGAAUUUGUCCCUAUUGUCAACAAGAAGAUGAUCUGUGCCUAUCAUCCAGAAGGAAAAGAUGCCUGCCAGGGGGAUUCUGGGGGGCCCCUUGUCUGUCAAUUUGGAAAGCACACCUGGGUCCAGGUUGGGAUAGUAAGCUGGGGAAUUGGCUGUGGAGAAGAAGCUGUUCCAGGUGUAUAUACCCGAGUCAGUGGAUUCUCCAAAUGGAUCAUCAAAUCUAUGAACCUGAGAAACUCCUCCAUUUUGGCUUCUUCUUGCCUCCUACUCUUCUCCAUGCUGCUGCCGUGGUCCAUCCUGAUACAUCUGUGACAUCAUGUCCUCACCUCCCUCCAGGCUGGGCGAUCUCACUUCCCCUUCUUUCUCCUUCCCUCAAACCUUCCUCAACUUCUGCUGCUCCCUCCAGCCAUUUCCCAUCCUUCCUUCCAUUCAAUACCUGUGGCUGGACUGGGUCAGAAAAGCUAUUGCAUGUAAAACACUUUGUAAAACUUAGAACCAGAUAUAAACUUCAGUUGCUGUU